AUGGAGAACAGCUCUUGUGAAGAACAGCUUUCAACGUUCAGUAUAUAUGGUGGGCUACUUCCGUGGGGAAGACAGAUUGAAAGCCGUCAAAUCAGUGACAGUGACAGGGGACGUGUGCCUGAAAUUCAAGGAUUAAGCUACUUUGGUUCCAUCCUGCAACGUCAUGCGGAAAUUGACACCGAAAUAAGAAAUUGGCGGAGUAAAGCUUGGUUCAAAUGGAGAGAAGUGAGACCGCUGCUUCUGUACCGAGCGGAAGAUUUUUGCUAUUCUCAAGAGAUACGAGCAAUGGCUGAACUCGGUGGAACUGCGAAUGCUCAGAUGGAUGAAGACACUUGGAAGGAAUUUUAUGAACUUUCACUGAGGCCGUUCUUGAUACAGUACCGCAAAUUCCUGGAUCAUGGUAACUCUCGAUAUCUGCUUGGACCAAGGCUCACGUAUGCAGAUAUAGCCUUGGCUGAAACUCUGUCGUUGCUUACCGAAUGCUACAACACUGCAGCGCUGUAUGAAUUAGAGGACUUGGAAUUCUUUAUGAAAAGAGUCUUCGACUUUCCGGUCAUCAAACAGUAUGUUGCGAAUCAUGUUUGCUGA